AUGAUUUAUAGCUAUGAUGCUGUAACCUUGGUUGCCAAGCUGUUAGAAGUCGAUGAAUGGUCUGAAUUCAGCUUUUGUAAUGGGGAUGACACUACUUUAAGUGAGGUUUUGAGGAUAGCGGAGGAAAUCUGCGUUUGUUCUAACUAUCAUAUGCUAUAUAAAGGUGAAAAGUUUGUAGUCACCUAUCUGAAGGCCGAGGACGUCGAAAAAGGCAAUAUUCCUAUACUCAAGGUUCCUGACGGAAGUGGCAUUCAGCCAAAUGAACUUUUAGACUAUAGUGUAUUUGGGUAUCAACUUUACCUUGUAAGAGGCUUUCAGUUACUAGACGAAGGGCGAAUUGGAAACAGAUUCCCCGGCUUUAAACCGAGGACUGUCCGGGACUUUUUAGAGUCGACUUGGAGAGCUUAUGUAUAG